AUGCCACUCGGAAGAAGAGCAAGCUUGCCGCAGCUUUUUGAGAAGAUCAAAACACGCGCCCGAUCGAAAUCAAGGCCUCGGCGAAAAGAGUCCAUCGACUACACAGCAACUAAGGCGGAAAACCACGAAGCGAUCGAUUUCAACCUGGCUGACAUGAGGAUGCCUACUUUCAAAGGGGAGAAGGAUUCUGAACCCUUCUCAAAAGAGAAUUUGAAAAGUCGGGAAAGAAUAAUAAGUGCCCCCGAAGCACCCACGGAAAAACCCGAAAUGUCAGCUGUUGAAAAAGCAUCACCCCUUCCUCCCGUCAUCAAGGAGGAGAAGGUCGAGCAGUCACUGUCCUCGGUUCACUCUGUAUCGUCAUCAAGCCUCAAGUCUAUCAACUCGCGGGAAGCAGCGUCAAUGCGUUUGAAAAGCGAGUCUUACUUGGAUUACAUUAAACGAAUGAGGUCACGUGGGCCAGCCAGCGUCACCAGAAGGGUGAUACAGAAUGGCACUGUUGCUGCCAGGCGUGAAAAGUUUCUUCAGAAGGAAAACAAACCACCUCAAGUUUUUGUUGGCAAGCUCUUAUCGAACGCUGAUCAAGACUGCGACCGAUUUUCGACAGCCUUCGAAAAGGACAUCGCCCAGUUCGACGAUUUCGCCGACGAUGGCCUUGACGAUCUGUUUGAAGCGACCGACGAAAGCGGAAGUGCACAGCUGACCGAGCAGAACGACGAUAAUAAGAAACACAAUGAAAAUCGCUUCUCCUCCGAUACCUUUUCAAGUUAUGCCUCCGAUACCGUGAUGGAGGUCUAA